GAUGCCCUGCUCCAUGGCACGGUGGAGUGAAGCUGGGGCCAGCUGCACGGGGGUUUCCAGCAAGUGGCAGUCUCCAAAUUCUCGGCUUGUGGCACUUUACGCGACCCUCCCGUCGUCGGGCAGCUCGUUACCAGACACUCUGCACUAACUCGACCCCUGGGCUUGGGAAUCGGGCAACCUCAUCUCCAAGACUCGCAGUCUACCACAACUUCUCUCGCGCUUCAUUUCAUUCGACUCCAGCCUUCCCGCCCGCCGUCCUCAACUUUGGCUCUGGGAUAGACCGGCCCAUACUGCCAUACAACACGUCUCGGCAACAUAAAAGUAUCCGCCAUGCCAUCAAUAGCCCAGGAAUCACAGACCGUGCCGCCGGGCAAGAAGCGAAGGCGCGAUGAUAACAAUAGCAGUCAUCACCAUCAGCUCCAGCUGUAUGCCAGCCUCGUCACGAAGACCGCAAUUCCAGGCACUAAUCACCAUCCCAUUCCCAGCUCGCACAGCGGUAUAUUUGUCGACAGGAGCCCUGACCACGACGGGCUGUUCCCGCAUCAAUACCACACAUCGCCGCUUGCAGGCCGAAAGAUAAUUCCGCUCCCAGCGGCUAAGCGCCGACGCACAUCGGUCGAAAGGGAGACAGCGGAGGGGGAACCAAUGCAGCGGUCGCCGUUAAGUUCUCCGUCCCAUAAACAACAACAGCAACAACAGCAUUCCAAAACCACUCCUCGGCGAAGCACUACGGCCCUUAUGAGCCGUUGCCACAUCUGCUUCCGCAAGCCAACCAAGAAAUCGGACCUUGACUCGUUCGCCGACUGCCAAGGCUGCGGUCAGCGCACGUGCUACGUCUGCAUGCGCGAGUGUCUCGGGUGGGGGGCGCCGCCGCCCAACCACCUGCGGACUGCUGACGAUCAGCUAUCCAUGACUGCGGCGGGGACGCUUCUCGGGACGGAGGAGACUUCUUUUACCAUGCUUGACGCCGACGCCGUUGUUAUCGCUGGGGAGGACGGAGGUGGUGAUGGUGCCAUUGAAGAAAGAGGAGGAAGUAGAGGAGAUGAGGGCUGGGCCAGAGGGGGGGGACAUCGCCAGAUGGUUUGUAGCCGGUGCUGUGUCGAGCGUGGCCAGGACGGGGAUGUCGUGUGUCUGGGGUGCCUGCCGUGGUCACUGCGCAAGCGCGUCUCUGAGUGGGCCAGUUUGUUUGAGGUGGAUGCAAAGGAUGGGAAGGAUCAGUCCCGUGGCCCGCCGGCUCUACGCUGGGAUCUAUUCGGCGAGGUAUCGGACAACGCCCACCACCACAUCUCGGUGCCCUAG